AUGUACCUGAGUUCAUUGCAUGCCAGCUUGGUGGCUUCAUCCACCGCAGAUGAGCAAGAAAGGUCGCAAGCCCAGAUCCUACUAGCCGUGAAUACCAUACAUAAGGGAUAUGAAGACGGAACCCGGAGAACUUCUGCCCUCUCACAAGCCACCGUUGAGGACAUUGACGUCGAUGAAAGCGAUGCCUGGGAAGGUAUCACAAGCGAGAUUCAGCGGGAAAAUGUCGACAGAACCGUCAUCCAUGCUAACCGAAACUUCAUCAAGCGUUGGAUGUUCCGCGUUAUGCUGGCGGAUGUUGGAGAGUCUGACGAAUACGGUGCCGAACAAGAGGCACCGCCUACAUCGGUCACACAGCAACCAACGUCUCCACUUGCUGAGACUGAAGACAUGUAUGGCGCUCCCGAACGGACAGCGUCAUGGGUGUCAUCUCAAAGCCGGCCCCAAACCGAAUAUGAUGUGAUAUCUUCAGGAGUACCAGAUUCGAGCGAUCAUCAACCGAUGGAAAGGACGCCCAGCUUCGGCUCGCACCGAAGCAAAUCCAGCGAUUGGCGCCCAGUGGCCGGACCAAAUGCCGACUAUGUGGAAUCACUACUCGCCCGACUUUUGUCGUCGGAUGAAACAGUUGAAAAGAAUCGGGAACAUGUGACCCUGAUCGCGAAGCGCAUGUUCUGUCAACUCGACUUCUCCGGCCAGGGACAUCUCUAUCAUAAAUCGGUCGAGAAAAGAUGCUGGGCGGCCAUACAAAAGAGCGAGGUCAAGCUUGAAAGAGCACAUCUAAGGCGAUUGAUCAAGGCCGGUGACAAGGACCAUAACAACAAGAUCGACCUUCAUGAAUUCAUCACAUUUGUCAGGGAGCUCUUGACGGCUGCGCAGGCCGCCAAAGAAGCUGGAUUCAGAGAUGCCAUCGAGGCCAGUAAUGAGGAAGGGCUUGACUAUAUGAGCACAUAUGUGCAGAAGCGCUCGACUGCAGCACUACCUUGGAAUUCGAAGCGCCCAACAUCAUCACGUGCAACUUGGAUGUUUGCAACUCGACGGAUGACCACCCUGUUUCGCUCGGAUCGGCCGCCACAUGCUGAUCUUAGCACAUUUGCCAACAUCGAGCUCGCCGCCAACCGAUGCAUUGAUGUUCUUGGAGCAAAGAGAUCACAAUACUAA